ACCUCGAAAUCAAUUGGUUUAAUAUCAAUAAGUGAAAUAAUUCAUUCUAAAUACAAUGGACUGAGACAUCAUUGGGCGGAAACUUAUUAUUAUAUAAUGCUUAUGUGAUAGGUUAAUACUUCGAAAAAAGUGUCGAUAUAUUACAUAAAAAAGAAAAAAAAAAAAGAAAAAAAAGAAAGCAGUUAAUUUAACCUCACAGAUAUUAAAGUUUUUUGUUGAGUGAGCGGGAAAGGGUGAGUCAUCCGAUACCAUCUUUUGAAGGCGACAAAGGCUGAUAGAGUGAAACGGUAUAUGUUAGGCGUACCAGCGGCUCGAAUGAGGACGCAGGCAUAUGACGCGUCAAUUAUCGUGACUCGUAGAACGAGGACAAGAGGCUACAAGAUGGAGGUUCCUUGGGAUUCGGGGGCAAGGGGAUUUCUAGAAACUGUUGAAGAGGGCCGAAGCGAUAAUCAAGAGAGCUUGGAGGGUGGACUCACGUGGUGUACGGUGCCGUCGGCGGUUCUGGCAUCUCGCUUGGUCGGCCCUAAGCCGUCUCGUAUACAGGGAGACGCGCGUCCCGACGCAGGGGGGGACGCCUUUCGCCGCCUCUCGACGUCUCACCUCGCCACGAGUACCCACAAGCAAAUCCCUGAUAAUGGCCACGCGCCCUCGCUCUCCACCUCCACAAUAUAUUCUAAGGAAAGUCCGCGAAAUUCAGGAAACGGGCUUGCCAAUUUUGAUCCAGAUAGGCGCCAACCUGCGCAACAAUUUCACGAAAACGCUGGCAAGAGAAUACGUGCUUACGGUUAACAGAAAAUAUGACGACUGUCAUGGCGUCCCUCACCCACCCCGCAGGAACUUACGCGUUUGGAGCAUCAUUUGGUCGAUCAGUUUUUCAUCGAUUUCUAUGAAAAAAUCACUUGAUAAAUAAACUUGCCAUAACGGAAAACAAAUUUCAAAUGAGGUUUUCUGGAAAUAAAUCGCCCAAUCGUUAACAUGGAAGAAUGAAAUUUAUCAAGUGUUCUUUGUUAGUUCAUUCAGUAUGCGCGCGCAGCAUCCGGCUGCGCGCGCCGUUUCAUCACUUCCUGUAUUACAACCCGCUAAAUUACAAAUAUCGAAAUCUAAAAGUACAUAAAUGAUGUUUUUAAAUUUAAUUUAUUCAUUUAGAUUUAUGAUCGAAAUAUUCUUUUUUGUGUUAGAAACGAUUUAACAAUAAGAAUUAUAAAUUAUAUUGUAUAAUUUUAUUAGACAAAAUAAAUUGUAAAAAUGA